CCCGAGCACAGCACGUUUACUGAGCACGCUUGAUCUUAAUGCGCUUAGGUCGGGUAGACCGAAAGAUGCUGUGGGAAUGAUCGAUACCUUAUGGCAGAUAUGAAGACCUGUCAGGACAGAAGAGCAAGGGAUAGUAUGGACGGAACGCCAUUUGUGUUAGUUCAGAAGAGAAACGGGAUAAGCCAACAUCAUUGAGUGCGUGGAAAGACCGGCCACAGGAAUGACGGAAGCCUCUUGGGAAGUGGAUCUGGCUCAGUCCAAUUGCUCCGCUCUGGGGGCAGAUAUGUCCAGCUCCUUGUUCAACCUGAGCAGCAGCUACAGUGUCACAGAGGCCUUCCUGUGGCUGCUCCCACUGGAGAACAGCUCGUGGUCUACUGCAGGCCCUGCGUCGUCUCCUGGCGGCAUGGGCCGCGUGCGGGACCAGGCGCUGGCGCGGGCCGAGAUCAGCGUCCUUGGGCUGGUGCUGGCCCUCACCACGCUGGGCAACAGCUUUGUGCUGUGGGUGCUGCUGAGACGGAGGAAGCACCAUGCGCCCAUGCACGUCUUCAUGGUCAACCUGUGCGUGGCAGACUUGGUGGUGGCCUUCUUCCAGGUGCUGCCGCAGCUGCUGUGGGACAUUACGGAGCGCUUCCAGGGCCCUGACCUGCUCUGCCGUGCCGUCAAGUACCUGCAGAUCGUUGGCAUGUUCGCCUCCUCAUACAUGAUCGUCGCCAUGACGGUGGACCGCCACUAUGCCAUCUGCAGCCCCCUGCAGGCGUACCGGGGCGGCGAGCCCUCGCGCUGGAAUGUCCCCAUCAUGGUGGCCUGGGGCCUGGCCCUGGUGCUCAGCUUACCGCAGGUGUUCAUCUUCUCGAGGUCGGAGGUGGCCCCGGGCGAGUUCGAGUGCUGGGGGCACUUUGCUGAGCCAUGGGGCCUAAAAGCCUACGUCACCUGGAUGACCAUUUCUGUCUUCAUCCUGCCGGCGCUCAUCAUAACCAUCUGUCAGGUGCGCAUCUUCAGGGAGAUCCACGACAAUAUUUACCUGAAGUCAGAGAGGAUGAUAACUGCGGAAUUUAAGAGGAACUCUGUGCUCUUCCAUUUCCCUCCGAGAGAGGGGCACCAUGGGAGGACCUGCAAGGGCAGAGACAGAGACAGGCAAGGCAGUCACCAUCAUCAGACGGACAGCAACCACCAUAGGCGACCUCCUGGAAACCCCGCAUACCCUUUACCCUCCCCCAUGGAUCUUCAGAACACACGCAACAGCCUUUCCAUCACCCCUCCCUGUCGUAACUCCACCUGUGACCCCGGCUCUCUGCACCUCUCCCCCUCAGAAAUAUCUUCCCCUAUCACACCUCACUUACAAGACUUCACUCCUGACCUCUCCCCUACCACUCCCUCUGACCCCUCCCACCCGCACCACCUACCAGCCAAUAGCACGUGCGCUCAAGCCAAGGCCUCUUCUUCACUGGCUGGGCGGCUAUCUGGAACUCCAGAACUGUGGCCAGACAUGCUCCCGGACACAGCAGCGCUCGGCCUGCCUGCUCAGUACCCUCCCCUGCUGCCUCCCCCGGGCGUGUCCAAGGCCAUGUCCAAGACAGUGCGGAUGACUCUGGUCAUAGUUCUGGUCUACACCAUCUGCUGGUCUCCCUUCUUCAUCGUCCAGCUGUGGGCGGCCUGGGACCCCAACCCACCAGACCAAGGAGUGGCCUUCACCAUCCUGAUGCUCCUGGCCAGCCUCAACUCCUGCACCAACCCCUGGAUCUACACGGCCUUUUCCAGCAGCGUGUCGCGUGAACUGCUCGCCCUGCUGCGCUGCCGCGUGCUGCCAGCCUCGCGCCGCACCUCGCUGCCUGACGACUCUACGGCCACCCACACGUCCACCACCACCAAGGACAGCAUCUACUGAGCCGCCCCGUGCCGGGCACAUGCGCAGGAGCACACGUGGGUACAGGGCAGCAUGCAGACACAUACACGUACUCACCAUCACUGCUACUGGUGAGCAACAGUCACAUGAUGGCAUACGUGGACAAGCGUAACACAACGCAAUGACCAUGGCGAAGAAGCAAAUCUGUCGACUAACCCAAAGAUGUGCAUUUUUGGGGGUAUUUUCUCAGAUUUAUGUAUUACUGUAGUUAUAUAAUGCAAUAGCCAUAUCUAAAUCUAAUGCUAACCUUAACCUUAGCAACCAAAAGGAAAUCUUGGCUUUUUUAUUUUCCAACUGCUAUUUUUUUAAAGCAAUUUUUCAGCCACUUUUUAAAAAUACUUUUCUCUCAUACUUACACAUACACACACUUAUAUACUCCAUUAUAUACUCCAUCAAAAGCAUGAAAACUCUGAAUGAGAUACAGGUACAUAAGCAAGCAAACACAUUUACCCAAAUACACACAGACGUACUAAAAGAGGACUUGUCAAGACCUCCAGGGCAACGGGCCACAGCCGCUACCUAAAGCACAAUGUACUAACAGCAAGGAGGACGAGGAAGGUAAAGGACAAACUUACGUGGGACGGAUCCGAUCAGAAGGGCGGCGUCAUUCUCCGUUCUCUCUUUCUGUCUGUGCUGUCAUCAGUUAGGUGCAGUGGAUUAUACAGACACAUCAUCAUACAAAGCCACCUGAAGGAAAUACUUUAAUGGGAGAGAGGAAGGAAAGUGUGUGUGUGAGGCAUGCACGUAAAGAUAUACGGCUGGCCCGGUGCACCUCUCAAAGAGCCACGGUCCACUGGCAACAAUACCAUAAAGCAGGAAUGUCUUGAGCUCAGUAAUGUGAAUGUAAACAGUGGGAAAGGAAUGUGUGUGUGUGUGUGUGUUUGUGUGUGUUUAAUUAGGGGGGGGAUGUUCAGAAAUAAGCUGUGAUAAUGUGACACGUUGGCAGAUGGUGCACUACAAGAGAAGCUCUCGACCGGUAGAGAACCAGGUGCAGGAGAAGACAACAUUGUUGACACAGAGGCCGAUGGAAUGAAGGGAUCACGGACAUUGCCAAAUAGAUUAAUCUACAUUAAUUAGAUUAAUUUGAGUGUUAUUUGAGUAUUAUUUUGAAAGCAGUCUUGGGAAUCUCAAAUGGAAAGUGCUGGGAGGAAAACUAGAGGUGAAAUGUUCCUGUAUUUGUUUGUUAGGUGCCAUGCAUUGUUGGAGUGUGGGAGGUGCAUCUUAUAACUAUGUAACCGUUGCAAAACAAUAUAACUAUUGCAGAGCUUAUAGCAAUACUCAUUUUGGAAAUCCCAUAUGGAACUGAGCAGUGCAGUUAACACUGAAGUCCCAUGAGUCCCCCACCCCAAAAAGGCACUUAGCAGUGUAAAAGUAAGCCAUACUACUAGGAUUUAGAUUUGAUCUAGUUUUUGGAUUUUGUCAUGUCACGUGCUGUCCACUGGGAGAAAAGCAUAUCAGCAUAUCCACCCUACAACCCCAACCAGACAGGCACCUUCACACCAGAGGCAAGGAUAUAACGUUGGGGAGAGAGUCUAGGUGCUCUGCAUUGUAAAAGAGGCCAGUUCUUUAUCACCUGCAAAAAUGACCAGAACUAAAGUGAGAGAAAUAAUGAGAUUAAAUAAACUAUACAUUUGUUUAGGCAGUGCUAACUACGUAUUUAAGUAACUACAUUCCAUGUCAUCAUAUUUGAGAAAUCUAAAUUCCAUUACAUUUAAAAAUGAGUGAAAACUGUCCACUAAUGAUGUAGGCAGGGUAAUCCCAGCUCCACAGUGACAACGGCUACAUCCGAAAUUAGGUUCUACACACUAUGCACUCAUAUGUGAUAGUAAUACAUACUAUUCAUGUUCUCAGCACAGCUGUAUUACGUCCAUAUACAAUUACAGCUGAAUAUCUCAUGACCUUUGAACUUCAUGACCAAAAUGUUCGAUUUGAUAAAUUAAAGCGCAGCAAGCUUUUAAAAGUUCAUGUAGUGCAAAGAAAUGCCCAACAAAAAAAAAAAGCAACAAUUACACAAAGACCAAAAUGUCUUACAGUGUUUUGACAAUAUUGAAAUCAUUAAGGGGAGAAACCACAGAAACCAGCUGACAGUAUUUGAUGUGAGGUUAUAACAGUAAGCCUAGAAGAGUAAGAUUAUUAUCUAGCUAAUAGCUAUUCAAACAUUUUACAAAAUGAAUGAAAAAUAUAAAGUUCAUGAAUCACUUUUGUUUAUUAAGCAUUAUUCUUACACUUGAAAAAUGUUUCACUGACAUCCACCAUUUUGCAUAGGUUUGACUUCAGAAACCUCCCAGGACAAUGGAAUCACAGGGCUGAAUAAUGUCCAGUGUCUGCACACUUCAACAUUUCACCUUACAUAGUUUAUAAUCCAGGCACUUUUCAAUAUUAACUGUAAGGUUUCGGAGUCACUAUCCAUCCUAGAAGUACUAUUUUGGCAUACUGUUUAGUAUAGAUGUAUAUGAUUCCGGAUAUAUCCAGUGUGACUAGGUGAAAGAUUAAUAUCCUACAUCCUACAUUCUCUGAAUGUCCUACACCAGUUCAUUUAUAAAACUUAAAACAUGAAGAUUAGGUUGCGCUCCCGAUUUCAGCUCUACCUCCAGUGGGAUUAUGAUGAGGCUCACUAGUUAGAGCCAUGGGACCAUUUUUAUUCUCCUCCAAAGAUAUUGAUUAAUUUAUUUGUACAAAAGAUAUAUAACAAAUGUUCUAAUUUAAUAAUGCAUUCAAGGCUUAAGCAUAUACUUAUGUAAAUAUAUCUUACAAAUAUUACCUCUGAAGUGCCUGUAAGUAUUAUUUGGUUUGGGGUUUUUUUUGUUUUUGGAUUUUUUUUCUCUCUCAAAAAAACACAGCUUUAUAACCUUUACUAUGACUAUUAAAUGUUAGAUAAUUGACCUCAAAGUGUCAAAAAAGAAAAACAAACAGCAAUUUCACUUCAACUUCACAAGUGGCUCUGAUGUAUUCUAACAUAUUUACGUUUCUUGUAGGCACGCUGUCUUAUUGAGCAAUAGGGCCUUUGUCAAAAUUAUCUAUGUGGUAUUGUGCAAUCUAACAUCUACUUCUUUUAAGGCUGUACUUUUGAAAUCUACAGAGCAUAUAUUAGGAUAUUCACAAACACUCAUCUCCUUUUAUCAUUCUGGAAAUUGCAUUAAUACACGGCAUACAGUAUGUGUAUUAUAUUAGAUAUUGUAAUAAAUGAUUUUUU